UUGGCAAAAAUCACACCCACACGUGUUCCAGAUAAGUUGGAUGGUGGGGUUGAGAUGAUGAAGGCCGGCGACCACUGCUUUAUUUGCAGCAGGGAGGGUUCCUGUGUGUGCUGGAUGGAGGGAGCAUAGAGCAGCCUAACCUGCUUUUGCCGUAUAAAAGCCAAGUGGCCUCCCCAAUAAUUGAGGGGCCAUCCAAUCCAAAUCCUCUUUUGGCCGUGCUGCCUUGGCAAUUGGCAUGGCAAGGCAAAGGCCAAAGCCCAAGAGCCCCCCCACUAUGUGCGAUGGCUGAUGAAGCUUCUGCUUGCUCCCUGUCCUGCAGGACACAACGCAAGCAUCUGCAUUGCACACAAUAAUUGACGCCCAUGAGUGCCCCCCGGACUAGGAUUGAGAGUAAUUGAACAGUUCAUUCUAGAAUCUGAGAUUGCGAGCUGUUUGCCAACACGCAAAAGAUUAGCGUGUGGACUAAUUAACAAAACACAAAGAGGAUCGAUCAGUCGAUCAGAAGCAUAGCAUAUGCAGCCGUUCAUGAGCUUAAUCUUGUGGUUCAGGAGCCAAGGCCCCGGCUAGAAUCAUCUGUGCUUCAGGAGCCGGCCUUCUGUACCGACCGCACACUCUUGUUCCUGCGGUGUGACGUCACGGCUGAUGAGCCCAUCGAUCGCCGUCACUGUCGCCACACUCUUUUAGUCUUUACCUAUUUAUUAAUCCUCAGCAGCUGCUUGUUAAACCAAGUAAUGGCUGCAGGAAUUGCAAGCACUGGCCGGCCGGUGUGGUGGCUGUCCUUGUCAUCCUGCCGAUUAAGCUAAGGGCAGAGAUAUGAUGUACUUGGCCUGAUGAUAGCGUCACCGCCGGUCGGCCGGUGGUGCGCUCCUGGCCGAGAGGCCAUCAAGCCAGCAGUCCUGGUGGUGCGGCUAGCUAUCGCUGCCGAGUAGAUCGGCACACGACCUUAUCCUGUGUACCGCGUACGUACUUGUUGCUCGUCAACCUGCCACGCACCAACACGUCGUCGUCGUCGUCGUAGCUCGUCCUCGUGUGGUCGUGUCGCGCUGCCACUGGGUGCGGCGCACGCACGUCUCUGCACACGGCAGGCGCGAGCACUGCUCCCCAGUCCCCAUGCCGCUGCCUUUCCGAAAAGGCGAAAACCACCGGUCGCUGGCCGGAUUCCGGAUUCCAGGCAUCAGGCUCCACUCGAGGUCGAGGCGACGGCGGUUGGCGGACGAGACGACGGCAUCCAGCCACUGGCAGCUGCCAUGUCACUGAUUCCAUUCUCUCGUAUCACGAGCCCGAUCCGUGCGGCAGAUGCAGCCCCUUGGCGGCUAGGCUAGGCUAGGCAGCACAGCACAGGUUCUCGCAUCCCGUUAGGCGACCUCAAAGUCGUAACCGAGCUCACCACCGAUCGGUUUCCUCCCUUUUUUGGGCCGGUGGCCACACCCAUCUUCCUUUUCCCUUGCGAUUGCGACGAUGAACGGAAAGAAGCCGUUGCCGGCCGUCCGCAUCGGCGCGCGCGGCCGUGGACGACCGUGGACGAUCCGGCGAGAUGAGCUAGUCUAGUGCGCGGCGUCAUCUCUCAGUCUCAGCGCGGCACCCAUCAUCUUGCCAUCAUUUGUUGCCAUCGGCAGCGCCGCCUCGCCGCCGGAGUACAUGACGUCGGCGUCGCCGGCGCAGUUCGCGGCGGUGCCCCUCAGAAUGGGGUACGGGCGGCCGGCGCCGUCGACUGCGCCGCCGGCGCCAGUAAUGGCGGGCAUGUGGAGCAGCGAGGCCUUCAAGGUCGUCGACAGCGGCCACGGCACCAGCGCGUCCACCGUCAUGGAGGCCGACACCAAGUUCGAGACAAGGCUAGAAGAUGUUCAGGUAGCACUUGAGCCAACAAGAAGUACGGAUCAGGAAACAAGCAAGCCGCCAGAGAGGGUCAUGAGAAGGCUCGCGCAGAACAGAGAGGCUGCUCGGAAGAGUCGCCUGCGGAAAAAGGCCUACAUCCACCAGCUAGAGACAAGCCGGAUGAAGCUGGCCCAGUUAGAGCUGGAGCUUCAACGGGCUCGACAGCAGGGUGCAUAUGCAAAUGGGAACAUGGGAGACUCAGCUCUCGGUUAUGCAGGGUCGAUAGAUCCAGGUGUCAGCGCGUUCGAGAUCGAGUACAGCCACUGGGUGGACGAGCAGAAGAGGCACACGGCGGAGCUGAUGUCGGCGCUCCAGGGGCAGCAGACGUCGGAGCUGGAGCUCCGCCUGCUGGUGGAGACGGGGCUCAGCAACUACGAGCACCUCUUCAGGAUCAAGGCGAUGGCCGCCAACGCGGACGUGUUCCACGUCAUGUCGGGCAUGUGGAAGACCCCCGCCGAGAGGUUCUUCCUCUGGAUCGGCGGCUUCCGGCCGUCGGAAGUCCUCAAGAUCCUGAGCCCGCAGCUGGAGCCGCUGACGGAGCCGCAGCGCAUGCUGGUCGGCGGCCUCCAGCACACGUCGACGCAGGCGGAGGACGCCCUGUCGCAGGGCAUGGAGAAGCUGCAGCAGAACCUCGCGGAGACCCUGACGGCGGAGGCCGACCCGUUCGGGCCCCCCGACGCCUACAUGCUGCAGAUGGCCACCGCGGUGGACAGGCUCAAAGAGCUCGUCGGCUUCGUCACCCAGGCGGACCAUCUCCGGCUGACGACGCUGCAGCAGAUGCACAAGAUCCUGACGACGCGGCAGGCGGCCAGGGGCCUCCUGGCGCUGGGCGACUACUUCCAGCGCCUCCGCACGCUGAGCUCGCUGUGGGCGGCGCGCCCGCGGGAGGCGGCGAUUAGCUAGAUGCCUGCGGUGGCCGCCAGCCAAAAGCUCACUGGUGAGGUGACCGCACCAAAGAACACGACGACGACGACGAAGAGUAGUAGCAGUUCGCUGUAUACUUUCCCAAGUGGAGAACGAAGAAAUCGACCUCGCUGGGUUUGGAUGAAGAAUGCAAGGCUUCUCACUCAAUCAGCGGCGGUGGCCGCGUUUCUCAGCAACAGCAAGUCAGCAAGUGGUGUGCGUUUGUCAGGCGAUUAGAGAAUAAACGGAAAUCGAUUGAGGCCUCUUUUUAUUUGGCGGGCGGAAGACGUGUACAUAUCCUGUUUCGGUACCCGGCCGGGGCCUCCUAGAGGCGUAUGAUUGAUGAUGAUGCUGGCCUUUUAUAACUACUACAGUUGAGGGUAUAUAUAUACUUAUCAUAUAUGUAAUUACCUGUAACUAGUGUUGGUCAAAUUCUCAUGAGUACAGAGCAUCAAGGGUAUUGUACGUAUGGAACAAUUUAGCUCACUAAACCAGAGAGAGAUCUAGAAGUUAACAUUUGUCAGUUGUCACA